AUAUAGAUAUAUCCCAAUUUCAUAAGGGACCAAAGUAUUGUUAAAAAUGGUGGUUAAAGUGUUUGGUCCAGCCUACGGAGCUUGCCCACAGAGGGUUUUAACUUGUCUUGUGGAAUUGGGUCUUGAAUUUGAGCUCAUACCAAUUGACAUUCUCUCUGGACAGCACAAAAAACCAGACUUCCUACUCAGACAGCCCUUUGGACAAGUUCCAGCCAUAGAGGAUGGUGAUUUCAGGCUUUUUGAAUCUAGAGCAAUAAUCAGGUACUACGCAGCAAAAUGUGCAAGAGAUGGGGGAGUCAACCUUUACGGGAAAACAUUGGAAGAGAGAGCCUUAGUGGAUCAAUGGCUGGAAGUAGAAGUCAACAACUACAAUUCAUUAAUUUACACUAUGGUCCUCCAACUUUUGGUUUUGCCCCGAAUGGGUCAAGGGACGGACUUGGAAUUAGUCCGCGACUGCAAGGGCAAAUUGGAAAAAGUGCUCGACGUGUACGAGGAAAGGUUGUCGAAGAGCAAGUAUUUGGCUGGAGAGGAGUUCACCAUAGCUGAUGUGAGCCACUUGCCAAACACGAGAUUUCUGAUGGAAGAAGGGAUGGAGGAUUUGAUCAAAGGGAGGAAGAAUGUGUACGCUUGGUGGAUCGAUAUUUCUAGCCGUCCAUCUUGGAAGAAAGUCAUGGAGUUCCUAAUUUGAAAUAAAUUAUUAUUUUUCGAUUUUUAUUUAAUUUUAUCGAAUCGUAAGAAUGUGAUGGAGCUACGACAUUGAUCGGAUCAUUCGAUUGUUAAGAAAACAUUAUGUGACACCCCGUUCAAUAAUCAAGUACUGAAAUUUUAUGGUGCACGAAUAAGAAAUCUCUAUUAACUGAUUAUUUUAC